CUCAGUUCUGGUUAAACGCCUGGUAUUUGGAAAGAAUACGGAACGGUAGUAACUUUAUAAAAUAUUGACUUGCGACUUAGAAUGUGGUGUGAGGCGGAUCUGGAACCUCUUCGCUCGCCCCGUUUCUGUUAAAAUCCGUAUUUGAAAUCAGGUUUGAUCAUGUUUUGGUUGUUGAAACACAAAAACAGAGCAAUAAGCUGCUGCCUCCGAUGUAGCCACCCAAGGUACCAACAUCACAAAGCUGUCUUGGCCUUGCGGAGGGAGGAUAUAAAUGUCUGGGAGAGGCGAGCACCAUUGGCCCCAAGACACAUCAAAGAGGUGACGAGCGCAGGCUACAAAGUCCUGGUACAACCAUCCAAUAGACGAGCCAUUCAUGAAAAGGAUUAUCGGCAGGCAGGGGCUAUAAUCCAGGAAGAUAUCUCUGAGGCUUCUUUAAUUAUUGGAGUGAAAAGUCCUCCAGUGGAGAAGCUGAUACCUAAAAAGACUUAUGCCUUCUUUUCACACACAAUUAAAGCCCAAGAGGCAAAUAUGCCUCUUCUGGAUGCUAUCAUUGAAAAGAAAAUCCGCCUCAUUGAUUACGAAAAAAUGGUGGAUAGCAAAGGGACAAGAAUUGUGGCAUUUGGCAAAUGGGCUGGAGUAGCAGGAAUGAUCAACAUUUUACAUGGUUUGGGACUGCGCUUCCUUGCUCUCGGCCACCACACUCCUUUCAUGCAUAUUGGCAUGGCUCACAAUUACAGGAACAGUGCCCAGGCAGUACAAGCUGUGCGGGACUGCGGUUACGAGAUCUCCUUAGGUUUAAUGCCGAAGUCCAUUGGACCAGUUACGUUUGUGUUCACAGGUACCGGUAAUGUCUCCAAGGGAGCACAGGAAAUAUUCACUGAACUUCCUUGUGAAUUUGUUGAACCACAUGAGCUGCAAGAAGUUUUUCAGUCUGGAGAUCAAAGAAAGGUUUACUGCACAGUUCUGAGCCGUCAUCAUCACGUUGUUAGAAAGAGUGAUGGGAAAUAUGACCCUGUGGAAUAUCAACACCAUCCUCAAAUGUACACCUCGCGCUUCAGUGUCGACAUUGCUCCAUAUACCACUUGUUUGGUGAACGGUAUUUACUGGGAUCCAGAUACACCUCGAUUACUUAACCGCACGGAUGCUUACAAUUUGCUGGCAUCGGCCAAAGACUUUGACCCAGCUAGUGAAGGUUGCCCAGAAUUACCCCACAGGUUUUUGGCAAUCGGUGACAUUUCUGCUGACACUGGAGGUUCCAUUGAAUUUAUGACUGAAUGCACGUCCAUUGACAUGCCAUUUUGUAUGUACGAUGCAGAACAACAGAUUAUUCAUGACCGCCUAGAAGGCAACGGGAUCUUGAUGUGUUCAAUAGACAACCUGCCUGCACAGCUGCCAAUUGAAGCCACGGAAUAUUUUGGAGACCAGCUUUGCCCAUAUAUAUGGGAAAUGUUGACCUCUGAUGCUGCACAACCCUUUGAAAAGGAGAAUGGUUUAACCCCGGUUAUUCGGAAUGCUGUAAUUGCAUCCAAUGGUUCACUGACUCCAAAAUUCAAAUAUAUCCAGAAGUUAAGAGCGAACAGGGAGUCUGCUCAAAUUAGGAACAUGAGUGCAAAAGGUCGGGUGUUGUUACUUGGUUCCGGUUAUGUAUCAGGACCAGUCUUGGACUAUUUCACCAGGGACACGGAUAUUGAGGUGACUGUAGCAUCCGCACUCCAAGACCAGUUAGAAAAACUGACUGCUAAUUACAACCACACAACUCCAGUUACACUAGACAUGAAGAAGGAUAGGGACAAACUCGCCUCAUUAGUGAAAUCGCAUGACCUUGUGAUCAGUUUGCUGCCUGGUGUUUUUCAUCCCAUGGUGCUGAAGGAAUGCAUCGAACAAAAAGUGAACAUGGUGACAGCAAGCUACCAGUCUCCUGAAAUGAAAGAAAUGCACCAAAGUGCGUUGGAUGCUGGGAUUACUGUUUUAAAUGAGGUUGGUCUGGAUCCGGGGAUUGACCACAUGCUGGCGAUGAAACGCUUUGACGAGGCAAAAGAGCAAGGCUCAGUGAUAGAGUCCUUUGUUUCAUUCUGUGGAGGCCUCCCUGCCCCUGAAUGUUCUGAUAACCCCCUUGGGUACAAGUUUAGCUGGAGUCCGUCUGGAGCUCUGUUAAAUACAAUCCGCCCAGCCAUCUACUUAAAGGAUGGAAAGGUAGUUGACAUCCCAGCUGGAGGUGCUGUUCUCGACAGCGCAAGUCCAAUGGCCUUCUUCCCAGGUUUCAACCUAGAGGGUAUACCAAACCGAGACAGCCUCAAAUACGCUACAUCAUAUGGCAUUGAAUCAGCUCGCACUUUGUUACGGGGCACCCUGAGGUAUAAGGGAUAUGCAAAUGUAGUGAAAGGAUUUCACAAGCUAGGAUUGAUCAAUCCUGACCCAUGCCAGCUACUUAGCCCUGAAGCUCCUCCUUUGACUUGGAGAGAACUGAUGUGUAACUUGGUAGAAAUUGCACCAUCCAGUAGUUUGCAAAGACUCCAAGAAGCUGUUUAUGAUAAGAUUGGAAGAGAUGAUCAUAGAAUGAGCACUCUGACAUGGCUUGGCCUCUUUGAUGAUGAACCAGUUCAGAAAGAAAUGAGCCUUCUGGAGACUUUUGCGAAGCACAUUGAGCCCAGACUUACCUAUGCUCCUGGUGAAAGAGACUUGGUUGUCUUGAGGAACAGUGUUGGCAUUAGACACCCUUCGGGUCAACUAGAAACUAAGCAUGAUAGUCUGGUGGUCUACGGUGAUGUUGGGGGUUUCUCAGCAAUGGCAAAAACUGUUGGCUACCCAUGUGCCAUCGGUGCUGAGAUGGUUUUAGAUGGCGAAAUCUCCACUAAAGGAAUACUUGGUCCGAUAACCAAAGAUAUCUAUCAACCAGUUCUGGAUCGCAUCAAGGCUGAAGGCAUUUUGUACACUUCAAGCAGUACCUUUUCAUGACUUGGAAAUUAUUCAGUAAUAUUCCAGUCUUAGUUUUCCAUAGAUUUUAUUUACCACAAGCACUUAUCAAAUUUUUAUCUGCAUAUUCAAAUUACGUCUGAAAUUCUUCGUUCACUCACUGCUACUGAUCUUUCUUUGUGCAAUCAACCACUUGGGGAUGUUUUUGGUGUGUGGUCAAUUAUAAUUUAAAAGGUGGAAUACUUAAUGGCAUUUCUAAUCAUUGCAGACUGUAAGUUGCAAUAAUUAACUGUUAAUAAUACGGGAUUUAUUUGUUUGAAGUAACAUUGUGACGUCCAACAGCUUUUCAGAUAUGUGAAUAAAGCUGACCA